AUCAUCGCAAAACAUGCAGAUCAUGGCUCUUCCACAGAUGGUAGAUAUAGAAGAGGAUACACUGACUAUAGUCUGCUCCUUAAGCAAUCCACCACAGGUCAAGGCGUUGUUUGUUUUAGAAUUACAGAGGAACACGUCCGUCUCUUUUGAGAAAAUUGUUUCUAUUACUUUGAAUAUAGAUAAUUUUCAAGAAGAAAUUUAUUAUGUAGACUUAUCUCUACAAGGCAGGACAACAGCAACAGGUACUCUUAAACCACUUUCUACAGCGGAACUCAGAUUAACUUUUACAAAAGAAAACGUGAGGUGCCAAGAGGAUUUCAAAGAAUACAUGUGUAAAAUGAGUGGGGUGGAUAGUAAUUCGAAUUCAAUUCCUGAACAAGACGCUGAAUCAAAUCCAGUAAAGAUUUCUUAUAGAGUUCAGCCAAAUCGGAAUGAGAUGCCCGGAGUAAGGAUAUUCGAACAACAGUUUGACACCAAUGAAAGACAGUUUGAAGUAGGAACAGCUUUACAGUUAACUUGUACAGGACAGAUAGGCAGUGAUCCUAGUGGUACGAUACGUUGGUGCGCCAAGACUGGUAGCGCACAAUCCUUCACAGGGUUACCAAAGACACCACUCCACUCCCAGUCCUCACCGUCUGGCUGUCAGUACACUCGUUCUAGUACUAUCACCUAUAACCUCACUACUAGCGACAUCUAUACACAGUUUCUGUGUGAGUCUGGAUACUCUGGUCUCUGUGGAACAGGAACGGCCGAACAGUCACUUAACACAACCUUAGGUAAGGGACGAGGUCAAAACUGGAAUAUUCAGAUAGUGUCUUAACAUUACCUCAGACAGUGUCUUAACAUGACCUCAGGUAAGGGAUUAAGGGAGAGGUCAAAAGCUCAAAAGGCGUAUUCUAACUACAAUAGAUUUUCUGUCUUUCUAUUUUAUUUCAAUCAGUAAAAUCAUUUUAAAGGGCGCAAGCCAUUAAUAAAACUUUGUCACUCAGACACAAGAGUUACAUGCCUGCUGCUAUUUUUCAUU